AUGGAUGACCUGCCGGAGGGCCUGUUGGCGCACCUCUUCUCGUUGCUGUCCGCCCGAGACGUGCUCCAGGUAACCUCUACGUGUCGGUCCCUAUCUCCGUCAACUCCAUGCGUCCAGUUGGCCCUAGAGCGUGUCAUCACUCGUCGCUUUGGGUCCGUCUCGAGCUUUCUAGAUGCCUCAUCAUCCCAUUGGCCUCGGUCUCUCGCUGUACUACGUGGAGUCGAAGUGCUGCACAUCAAGGAGCUUCUGGCGCACUCGUCUUCCUGGUCCUUCGAAGACGUGGCCUCAUGCUCUCCCAGCUGCGUUGUCGUGAGCCGCGCGUGGCUUGGCGCCUUCAAAAAGCGCUGCCAAGCCUUCGAGCAAUUCUUACAGCAAUUCCGCCGAACUAAAAGACAACAGAGACGGCAAAAUGCCGCUAAAAAGAGGGAAAAUAUCGUCUCCGAAAAGCUAAAGCUUGCGACUAAUUCAUCUCUCACCGAGGCUGGGGCCAUGAUCGUGUGCGCCCACAACGCGCUGCUUCCCGCUGCUCAGUGCGUGGGUCGCAGUCGACGCGCUAUUAUCAGCGGUGACGUGUUCAGGGAGAUUUCGGUCUACGCGCCGGAGCUUAAAGGUUUCAGCUUGAGGUCGUGUUGUGACUGCAACACUUGUGUACUAGAGCAAGAGGCGAGGGAGCUGGAGGCCGAGGAGAAGAAGAGAGCGAGGUUUGACACGGAAAUUGCUGGGUCUGAGGACAUGCUGGAGCUACUACAGAGGAAGAACGGGUUCCCGAAAGGACUAUUCUCACCAGUGGAGACAGGAGGAAGGAGACAGCAAUUGGCACCGCAUUGGUCCGUGGGUGGAAGAAGCAAGUACGCGACGUACUUCCUGGUACCCAAGAAGUGGCUGAACAAAUGGCGGAAAUUUGUUCGCAGUCAGGGAGAUGACGCCCCAGGGCCAGUGCUGAAUGCUGAGCUUGUAUGCUUGUCGCACCAGAAGACCAUUGUGCCGCCCUACAUCUCCAUGUUCUUGUCGGGGUUUUCUCUGGAGCAGUCACUCAAGGCUACGCAAGCUCUUGGUUCCACGCCAGCUCGUCAGUACGAGAUCGUGACGUUCGGCGAGUGGGAAGCGCUCUACGAUCGAUAUUGUGCUGAGUUUGCGGUAGGCUUUGACGUGGUCAACGGGGCGUAUCACUGGAGGACACAGGAGUGCCAGGUGUGCAAUUACGGCAUACCAUCGUCUAAUCAGCCAAACUCACGGCGCUGA